UGCGGCGGCGGGCGGCGCGCGGCGCGGAGCGGCGGCAGCGCUUGCGGCGCCGGGACCCUCUGUGCGCGGCGCUGCUUCAGAGGCGGGGCCGAGCGGCCGCUGCCUGCCGGCCAUGUCGGGCCGGGGGAAGUCCGGCGGAAAGGCGCGGGCCAAGGCCAAGUCGCGCUCGUCGCGGGCCGGGCUGCAGUUCCCCGUGGGGCGGGUGCACCGGCUGCUGCGGAAGGGUAACUACGCGGAGCGGGUGGGCGCCGGGGCGCCGGUGUACCUGGCGGCCGUGCUGGAGUAUCUGUCGGCUGAGAUCCUGGAGCUGGCGGGCAACGCGGCCCGCGACAACAAGAAGACGCGCAUCAUCCCGCGGCACCUGCAGCUCGCCAUCCGCAACGACGAGGAGCUCAACAAGCUGCUGGGCGGCGUGACCAUCGCCCAGGGCGGCGUCCUGCCCAACAUCCAGGCCGUGCUGCUGCCCAAGAAGACGCAGAGCUCCAAGAAGUGAGCGCUGCCUCCCGACCCCCUGCCCCCAGCUCCCUUCUCACCGCUGCCUCACCUCUCCUGCCAGUGGGGCUGGGGUUCCCCGUCCUGCCCCCCAGCCCGGGCCGGGUGGUGAGCCCUGGCAGCACCCCACCAGCCCGUCACUAGCCCCUCUGGCCUGGGCUGUGGCAGGGUGCUGGGUGAGCAUGGGUGAGGUCAGGCCCUGUUUGUGCCCCUGCUCUGCCUCUCUUCCCUCUGGAAGAAUUGGUUUUGGAGAAGGCAGCUGGGUCACAGCCGUUGGCAGUGGUGACAUCUGGAGCCGUGUGGUCAGGUCACGGUGCCGAGCUGCUGGUAGCUGCUGAGGGUUGUUGUAGCUGGCAAAGGGAUGGACGCAGGCACCCCCGGCUGCCUCUCCCCUCUGCCAGCCCUGGGACUAUGCAGGGCCCCCCCGGCUGGCCCUGCUCGCCCUGGUGUGUACUCGCUGCUGCCGUGCCCCCGCCUCCAUCCUCAGCAAUGCCAUCCUGGCCGCACUGCAGCUGCGAGGGAAGGGGGCCGGAAAACGUGAAGAGGAGAAAAAGUUUCUCCAUUGGCAAGAAGUGGCUGUUAGUCUUAGUUUUGUUCAUGGUAAAACUAGUGCAUUGCCUACUGUAAAGAAGCUUUGGUCCUAUUUAUUUUAAGGUCUCUAUUUUUGGGUACAUCCCUGUAAAGUCACCUCCUUGCAGCUCCCCGGCUCGGUGGGUGCUGGGGUGCUCGGUGUUCCUGCAUGCCGUGGGUCCUGGUAGCGGGGUGGGGUGGAGGCUGCGGUGACAAAUCCCCUCGGAGAGCGUCGCAAGGUCAGGCGCCCGCCGGGAGCGGGAGCUGCCAUCUUCUGCCAUGGCUCCCCUCCUCUCCCAGCUGCACAAGCCCUUCGUCUCGCUGAGAGCUACCCUGUACCCUGGUUGCACUUCUGGAAAUUACAUACUCUGUCUCUUUUUUUGUUGUUGUUUGUUUGUUCAGCACUAUUUCUGGCUCUGAGAAAUAAAGUGAUGAUGAUACCUGUUAACUGUAACCCUUUAUGGAUUAAUAUUUCUUUUGAAAACCACUAGAGUUUGUAUUAAAGCCCACUCCUGGCUAGUGCCAUAUUUAUUUCCUGGCUGUGUGGCUGAUGUCGAGCAUGGGGGCAGGACAGCUGUCCCGUGACCCCUGGAAUAGGUGAUGCAGAGACAGCUUUCCUGCUGCCCAGCGCAGCCGCUUCUGUGAGGCCCAUAGUUGUGUGCAUGCAGCAGUGUUGAGGCAGUCAGACCUAGACCUUCAUCACACGUUUUUUAAGUAAAAAAAAAGAGUAUCUUCUAUUUAUGUGCUGUAAGUAGCAUGUGUUCAAGCUAUUGAAUCAGCUGUUAUUCUUGUGGAUGAAGUAAUUUACCCUGGAUCUGAGUUUAAUGUUACCUAGAGUAGAUGAACCUGGAUGCUUGUCAGCUGGCUUUAUGCAGGGGUUUUUCAUUCUGGUAUGUGGGAGCGCUGUGUUCAUUGGAGUCGUGCUGAUGGGGGUGUGGAGGUGUCCUACAAUCCCACGGGGGUAUCCUGACCUCGGUGGGUGGGGACAGCAGGGCACAGCCCCACUGCAGCAGCACAGACCCCCUGGGAUCUCUCUGCCUCCUGCAGGGGCUGUUACCAUCAGCGACGUGGGGAUGAGCAGUUCCCUUUCUGCCCAGUAUCCUAGUGUCUGUAUCCUAGUGUCUUGUUCUUUCCCUCUUGUUUUCUCCAGGACCAGCAUUCUGUAAACCUGAGAGUGCUUUGUAUUUCUUAGAAAAAUGCAGAACUUGUGAUUCUGAAAAGAAUGGUGCAAACCUGAUACCUGAUUAAACUGGUUCCCUGUUGAAUGCU